GAGUGAAAGUACAAAUUUACCUGCAAACUCUCAUCAUCAACACUCACAUACAAAAACGAGAGAAGAAACUUUCAUUUCAUGAUUGCAUUUUUCUUCGGGUAUUCCUUUUCUUCGAGACAAAACAAAAGUAGAUUUUAAGAACCGUCAGAAGAUUGAGAAGAACCGGAAGUCUCUCUGUAGUCUGUAGACGAAAUACAAAAGAAGACAGUAAGUCUAUGUCGUAAAAUUAUAUUUUUCGGAUUUCCCCGAUGUAGCCUAUACAGUACUCCUUGUGACAAAAAGCACUCCUAUGUCCACCUCGCUUCUGUAUCAAAAGUAGAUUAUAUUCUUUUUCCUUCUUUUUACCAUUUGGUGUAUCUGAAGACUGGAAAGAAAAGCGUGGCAUUCUAAGAUUAUUAUUCAUACACAAAGAAGAAACAACUAAAAGAAUCGGAUAAAUGUCGUAAAAGUUUAGCACCUGGCACCUAACUGUCGAUCUGUUUUGCUUGUAAUCGACGCUGGCUGGAUUCUGGCUUCCAAUCCUUCAAUCCAGGUGAUGAGGAAAGUGUUGGGAGAUUGUACUUAAAACGUACUCUGUUUGCCGAUUUUUGCUUAUAUAUAAAGACUCUAACCCCCCACGACCUGAAAUGAAUUUAUGAGAUGUGCUAGGCGCAGUUUUUAAACAUUUUUCUCUGAGCACAGUACUUGACAUAUAUAAUAUUAUUAACAGAUCUAGGAUUCUAGGCAGGCCUAGAUCUAGAAUCUACAAAUAUAGACUCUAGAUAUAUAUCUAGAUUACACCUUUAACGGAACAACCGCGGAUGAGUAGAAUCUAGAUCUAUCUCACAAUAAAAAGAAAACAAUAAUAUAAAGAAAACAAAACGGAAAAGUACAAUAAGGCUCCUUGCAAUGUUCAUGUUUUCAAUGAGCCGGCAGUGUGCCAAGACUACACUUACUGUGGGUUCCAAAGUAGUGUCAGUAUCUGCUCCUCAGCCGACAAGACCACCAAAGUCAAAGAGUUGCUCUGUCUGUCAUCUCCAUUAUAAUGACAGGCCCGCUGACAGAUGCUGACAGUGGUGACCAAUCGCACAUCUCAACGUCCAGCACAGCAGCCACAGAAAGCAAGCCAGUGUCGGUCCAGACUGACAGAGUCGGCCAAGAUGGUAAUGAGACAUUUUCAGAUACUAUCGCAGCUGUUGUGUCGGCUAUCUUGGCCCUCGUAUUUCUGAUUGUGAUCGUCAGCAUAAUUCGUGUCAUCCGCAAGAGGAGACGUGAGCUGCAGGGGAACAGGAUGGGACAACCGGUGGUGCAUACCAUUAGCCCGCAGAUGUUUGGGGCCAACACGACUGUGUUCCGCAACGCCCAACAGGAAAACCCCGUCACGUGGGAGCCCGUGGUCUCUAGCUCAUCCUACAUACCCAGGUCUGCGGAACUGGACAACUCACUGUAUGGAUUUACUUCCCUUGACGUGCCGAGCGAGGACCAGGGAGCGACGGCAUCAUUACCCACCACAACAACAGCGACAACAUCAUCAAAUACCUUAGCUGUAGCAUCGACAUCAUCUCCUGCUAUAUGACAUCUUCAUCUAGGUCAAAUUAAUGUCUGUCUUAUGACGCGGUAUAAUCAGGUGCUUGUCAGUUUUUGGGCAUGUGGAGUAAUUUGUAUCAUCUUAACGUUUGUUCCUUUGUCUUGCUUUCCAUGAAAGAAAUAUCUCUCAAGAAUAGAAUAAUAGUCAAGAUAUUUGCGAUUGAGAGAGAUAAACUUGGCGAAAAAAUGGCCGCCAAAGUUUGGUGAUUUCUGUGGCUCUAGAGUCCGUAGAAUAUGAAAGUUUACAAUUUUUGUAUUUUUAAUUAACGUUUCUCGGUAAAAUCCACACAGAAAAUGU